AUGGAGGAAGGGCAGUACCACCAAAUGAGCUCAAGCUCCAUCCAUCGCAGACCCCCCUGUGUUGGGACGGGCGGCGAGAGCGGAGGUCCACGGCAACUUCGCAAUGACGAAGGCAUUGUUCAUGCACCAUCGAAAGUCGAGCAUCGAUCGAGCAUCGCCGAGCAACCACACCACCUCCUCCAUCAUCAUCAUCAUCAGCAGCAGCAGCAGCAGCCACAGAUACAGCAGAAGAUACAGCAGCAGAAUCGCAGCGACGACACCGGCAUUAGGAGGAGGAGGAGGAGGAGGCCGAGAGGUCCAUCAUUAGGCAACGUCAAUGCAAGGCAAGGCGUAGCCCGGCCAAAGCCAGGGCCGCAGAGCCAAAGGGACGGAGAGAAAAUGACAAGCGCGCCUGCCAUCUUUAGCGAGAGCGCGGAGGGAGGGAGGGAGGGAGGCGGGCAAAAGCGGGGGGCGGUAAAUUGGGAGCACCCAUCAAGACCCCACCGGUUCGCUCUGCAGGGCGAGCGCGCAACUCGUCUGGCACCCACCACGGGAUAUGCCCUAUCGUCACCGAUUGUAACACCCAGCCAACAGUAG